GCCGUGCAGUUGUGAAUUGUUCUGCACCAAGCACCAGUAACAAGGAAGACUUCCUUGACAAUAAUAUUUGUAAGAUAAGGUGGAUUUAGUCAAAUCUUUGCAAAGGUGCCAGAAUCAACUUAUCUUGGAAAAUUUGAACUGAGGAACAGCCCAAAAUACGCCAUUCCCUAAAAGCACAACAGCAACCGGAGGAUAAGACUUUCCACCACUUUCUAUGUGUGGAAAGUACGCAAAGUUUGGAUUUUGCUUCACUGAAAGAGUCAGUACGAGAUGGGAAGGAGGCUGAAACACAUGCUGAUUUUCCUUCUCAUCAUCCUAAAGGAGUUUCACAUGCCAGAAGCUUCCUGCAGCUGUUCACCAUCAUCCUGCAGCUGCGAGAGUCUGGGCCUUACCAGUGUCCCUCAGAACCUAUCAACAUCCAUCACUUCCCUGAUCUUAGGGUAUAAUCAAAUAACCACUUUAGGUCAGUCAGACUUCUCAAGGUAUACCAACUUGAUAAAUCUAUACCUGAAUAACAAUGACAUCAGUGGCAUUGAGGCAGUGACCUUCCGUACCACUCCACAAUUACAACGUCUUUACCUAAAUGGAAACAACCUCACAUCAAUUCCACAAGGUGUGUUCAAUAAUCUGACUCAAAUCCAGAGAUUGUACUUAUCUUCAAACCUGAUAACACACAUUCAGCCUGGUGCAUUUUCAAACUUGCCACAACUCAAGCAACUUCACCUGCAACACAACAAAUUAACCAGUAUUCCAACUGUACAGUAUCAGUUUCCAGAAUUAGCCUAUCUGUACCUGUACAACAAUAACAUCACAGACAUUCCUGCCAAUGCAUUUUCCAAUCAGCCUAAACUGUCUUACCUCUAUCUACACUCAAACAGAAUCUCAACUGUUUCAUCAACUGCUUUCAGAGGACUUGUGAACCUCAGCACACUCGAUCUCCACAACAAUGAGCUGACUGAGCUUCCUGUCUAUCUGUUCUUUGGCCUGUCUAGUCUUAACAAUCUAAAGCUACAAAACAAUGCCAUCUUGCAGAUCUUCCCAAACACAUUCACAGGGUUAUCAAGCCUUACAUAUUUGUACUUGUUUGGCAACAACAUAGAAACAUUCCCGAUUGAGGCAUUGCUAAAGAUUUCCUCAAAUACUCAGCUCUACCUGCAGAACAACCAGAUGACAACACUUUCCUUCACAGCCUAUGACAAGCUGUCAUCGGUCCGUACUGUGUACAUUAACAACAACCCCUGGCAGUGUGACUGUAGGAUGGUUGCUUUCAGACUGAAAAUGAAUGGGUCUCAUUCUUUUGAAAACCAGAUCACUUGUACUGAUCCACAAAAAUCUGGCCAACUGCUGAAAGAUAUCAAUCCUGAGGAUCUGACUUGUGAAGAGCCAAAGAUCGUCAGGUUUGAGAUGGGUGACGAGAACUUAGUGGUAGAGGGGGGGACACUCCGUUUGGUAUGUGAAGCUUCAGGAAUCCCCACACCAGACAUCACAGUCACUCUCCCAUCUGGACUGAAUGUAACUGAUGAGUCAGGUGGGAGGGUGACUGUGGAUGUGAAUGGUACCAUCACUGUAACAGAUGUUACUGCAGCAGAUGCUGGUCUGUAUAUCUGCAUUGCAGCAAGUCCUGUUGGUUCAAUGUUUGAAACACUGUCUGUUGAUGUCCAACCAAAAGUUCCCCCUACUGUAACAAUGGCACCACUCAAUAUCACUGACAAUCCAGAAAGCACCAGUAACCAUGGAUCUGCUCCCAGUUUCUCCCUACCUGUUCUCCUUGGUUCUGUUAUUGGUGCAGUAGCUGGUACUGUCCUCAUUGUUGGAAUCAUUCUCAUGAUCUGGUGCAAGAGGAGGACCCAGCAUCCUCCUCCAUCAGGCCCCGACACAAGUGUUGUUUUCAGUAACACAGACACCACAGUUACUGUAGCAACCAGUGGUCACGAUCAGACAGGACAGGGUCAGUCCCAGAAUGUCAGACACCCACAAAAUGCUCAGAGGCCAACUGUCCCACAGCUGCCUAUUUACGAAGAUGUGGAUCAGAUACCAAGCAACCAAAGACAUGCUGCAGGUCCUACAAGUGCAAGUCCUGGGGGUGCAGGUCCUAGAGGUGCAGGCCCUAGAGGUGCAGGUCCUAGAGGUGCAAAUCCUAGAGGUGAAAGUCCUAGUAGAGGUGCAAGUCCUGGAGGUGUAGGUCCUAGAGGUGCAAGUCCUAGAGACACAAGUCCUAGAGGUGCAAGUCCUAGAGGUGCAGGUCCCACAGGUGAAAGUCCUAGAGGUGCAGGUCCAAGGCAGCUGGCUAAGAAGAUGCCACCCAACAGAAACAAAGCUCCUAAUGUUGAGCACCCCCCACCUCCCCCUCCCCAUACAGGUGCUGCUGCAGCUGUGUAUGCAAAUGAACCUGAUGCACCUGACAACCUACACCUUUACCAACCUCUAACAAAGACAUACUAAACAGUUACCCCAAAGUUUAAUACAGUAUGCAGAAAUUGUAAAUAUCAAGCAGGCUAUACCCUGAAGAUUACAACUAUGACUUGUGACUUAACAAAAAGGUACUUUUGACUUUGACAAAACCUUGGUAUUGAACAUGUUUAUACAUUUAUGUAUAGUCUUGAAAUCUAUGUUAAGUGUCAGCAUCUUCAUGAACCUUAAUGGCAAGUACAAUGUAUAUUGUAAUAGAUAGUUGAGAUAGACAGAAAGACCGUUAUCAAAAUUGGUAAAAAUUUAAGAUAAAUGUGACAGUUUUUGAUUUUAAAAGGUGUACAGAACAUAUUUUAUCAAGUGCAUAAUAUUAGGUGACAGAGACCUGACUACUAAAAAGAACUACCUGUAACCAUUCAACUCCUUGCUUACACCCCUAUAUCUGCCAGAAUUUUCUCCUCAGAGUCUGUAAUUGUCAUACUUUCCUUUUCCUACCCUUUCCGCCUCCCGGCAUCCCCGUUCCUUCCUUUUCAUUGUGUGACACUUUGUAAGUGAGUAUUACAUACUCAUAGGGAUGAGCCACAAACUUACUGUUGCAUUAGUGCUGUUUGUUUCAAUUCAAAACAUUUGAGGACUGGCUUUAUAUCGGAUAAUGUGUGUGACUGGAACAGGAAUGAUUCAUAUAAUAUAAGUCUUAGAGUGAAACAAUGUGGAGUAUGCAAUUAUAGUAAGUUAUAUAAGAUACAAAAUACAAAAAAAAUAUUACGGUUAACUUAUAUCUGUAAUAAUUUUAGCUGGCAAUAUUAAUGUACCAUGCAUAUUACAGUAUAUCAUAAUCAUAUUAGGAAAAAAAAUUUUCUUCAAAAAUAUCACACUGUAUUAUAUCAAGCAUACUAAGUAAAUGUACAUGACAUCAUGUUUAGACAACUCCAGUUCUUAAUUCUGCUGUUUCACACAGGAUGACUGUUAAUAUGAAUAAAGUUUAACAUGUGAUAUAAAAUACUGUACAGUAACUGUUUCCUUUCCUUACAUAAUUUACAAUGUAGGGUAUAGCGCUAAAACUAUGGUACAAUGUACAUGUAAAAUGAUGAUUGUGUAAGCUGAUA